UUUUCACUGUUUGGGCAGAAGAAAUUGGUUAUGUUCCUUCCUUUAUCCUAAAUAAAAAAGUAUGCACUGCUAAAAAUCAUCCUCUCACAACAGGAGAGUUAGAACGCAACGGUUUGGAAACUUAUUGGCGAGAAGUUGUGUUGGUGAAAAAUCUUUUAGAAUAUAAAGCUAAAAGAGAACGUCUCCUCCAGACUCUUUCCAACUAUAAUGACACAAUACAAGUAACAGAUGCUAAGCUUGCUAAGCUUAUGAAUAAAUGCAUGUUAUAUGAUCAUAAUGAAUUUGAUUUAGAGAUCCCGAUUUCUGAUGGUCUUGAUGAACAAUUUAAUACUGAGGAAUUUUCACAGGAUGCACUAGUUGAUACCAAUGGCAAAAAUCAGGAAUACCACAUGAUAAUAACAAUCGUCAUGAUUACGAUGAUAGCAAUGAUAUUAAUGGUAAUGAUAUCUGUCCACGCCGUCACCGUCGUCGAGGUUGUAUUCGUGAUUAUAGCUAUCAUCCUCGUGCAAAUCGAACAAUUCGAAAUCAUGACUACAAUCACGAGCUCAAUAACAGCUAUGAUGAUGAAUGUACUGCCUGAUGUUGAUAAUAGUGCUAUACAGAAUUCAGGUAACCUGAACCCAAUAACCAUCAUGAAGAUAUGGACAAUAAAAGAGGAAUUGAUCGCGGAAUCAGUGAAUACCGAAGAUAUGGAUAUUAGUGAUGACAAUCAAUUAACUCCAAGCUUAGCUCUUACUCGUAAAUCGAAGGUAUAUUACAAGAAUUAG